AUGAGCGGUAACUUUCUCACUAUUCCCGGAGAUGAUGCGAUACAACGACGAUCUCGGAGUUCAUCGUUAACAGACUUAAUAUCAGCUUUCGAUAACAAAGCACAGACGCACACUGAACUACAGAAAAUCACUGCAUUUAGCGGUCAAUUUGACAAAAAUCACAAACCUACAUUCUCAAAAGACGAAUAUGGCAAACCAAUCCCUGGUUCAAAAACAGAAUUUAGAGGUGCUGAAGCGCAAGCUAGAGUAUGUACAGAAAUGAAAGAGCUUUGUGAGAUUAUCCACGAGUACGGCAAAUCACCCUGUAAAAGUCUUUUACCUCCAGAAUUAAAGGACGCCACAAAAGUCAUUUCCUUCGGUGAACUUUUCACAAUCUACACAGUAAUCAACGACAAACUCGUCGGCCUUUUGAUACGAACUAGAAAACAUCAAUUAACUUUUUUCGAAGGCGAAGUACUUUUUCAGAAAAGAGACGACGACGUCCCUGUAUUUUUAAUGCAGCCUAUCGACGACAUACGGGAAUACUACAAUUUUACUUUUACAGGAACAUUUUUAGGAAAGUCCAAAGGGAUUUUAGCUACAGUUAUAAUCCCUGAUAGUCGUCUUCGAAUA